AUGGCGAUUAACUUAGCCAAAGCUGGGAGGUUUCGGUAUCCAAGCGAAACAUCUCGCCACGCAGCAACUAUAUUGAGUUUUCCAUCUAUCUACUCCAUUGCCACAGCAUAUUAUGACAGCGCGUGCUUCGAGAUUGCUAGUCUAGCCUCUGCAAUCUCCGCAUUUGAGCCUGUCCGCCUAUUUGCACGACCAGAAGAUGUCCAGAGAGCCCAGGCUCUGGUGGAACAAGCCAAUACCAAAUACCCCAGUAAUAUGUCCAACAUAUCAAUCAUUCCAUUUUUAACCAAUCACCUAUGGGCUCGUGAUACAGGCCCCGUCUAUGUCGAACCACUUGACGCUAGCGACCAGCCAGGGCGAUUUGCGAUCAAUUUCCGGUUUAGCGAAUGGGGACGCAAAGGUGCCAUCGGUCUUGAUGACCGUGCCUGUGACGGGCUCGACUGGCCAGUCAUGCAGACAGCGCAGCUUGAAGAAAAUGCGACUUUUGCGCAGCGUGUUAUUGAAUAUGAUCAAUCGCCAUCUCCAGUCACACGCAUCGAAUCCAAGGUCUGCCUCGAAGGGGGCGCGCUAGUUGUGGAUGGUGACGGGACGCUAUUAGCUACAGAGAGCAGCAUUCUCAAUGAGAAUCGCAACCCUGGGAUGUCACGCUCAGAGGUCGAGGAGGAGCUAAAGCGUUUACUAGGAAUUGAGAAGAUUAUCUGGUUUCCUGGUUCCAAAGGCCUUGACGUUACAGAUGUCCACGCUGAUGCCGAGGUCACCUUCAUUCGACCGGGUGUCGUGGUUCUUUGUCGACCGCAUCCAAGCGCACCAAAGGCAUGGAUAGACGUCUAUGAGGAGAUUCGAGACAUUUUGCAAACUACGUUGGAUGCAAGGGGACGCACUUUCGAGGUUCAUAUUGUCGAUGAGCCUGAUCCCAAGGUCUUUGGCAAUCUAGCUUAUGACGAACCUGCAACCAACUACGUUAACAGUUAUUUUGUCAACGGGGGUUUGAUUCUUCCACAAUUUGGAGAUGUCCAGCGGGAUCAAGAAGCACUUGCUCUCUUCCGGGCCUUGUGUCCAAAUCGUGUGGUGCAGCCGGUCCAUGUCACCGGGCUGGCGCUUGCGGGGGGUGUUAUUCACUGUGCAACGCAGCCAGUCCUUGCAAGUGAAUAG